AUGAAGUACUUCACAGCACUACCUUUGGCCGCCGCCUUGGCCACUGCUGAGAUGAUGGUUAUGGAGGUUGCUCCUGCUCCCGCCGCUGGCCAGAAAAUCCACACUGUUAUUGUUGGUGGAAUGAAGCCUGUUGAGGCGGGCAUGGCCCCCAAGCUAGAAUACACUCCCGAUACCAUCAAGGCCAACGUCGGCGACAUGGUCGUCUUCGAGUUCAUGCAGAAGAACCACACCGUCACCCAGUCGACUUUCGCCGAGCCCUGCAAGAAGAUGGAGGGAGGAAUGGACUCUGGCUUCAUGCCCAACCCAGAGGGUAUGCCCGGCGUCACCUGGAACAUGACCGUCGAGACCACCGAGCCGCUCUGGUUCUACUGCAAGCAAAAGAACGGAAUCCACUGCGGCAAGGGCAUGGUCUUCUCCAUCAACCCCGCCGAGACUGGCGACAAGACGAUGGCCGACUUCAAGACGCUGGCCAUCAAGACCAACGGCACCGACCUCGUAGAGGGCGGUCUUCAAAUCGUCGACCCUGGCGCGGCUGCAGCCCCCUCCACCGUCGGCGUCAUUGCUGGAGGCGGCGAAGCUGCUCCUACAGGCGCAGCACCUCCACCACCCGCUCCUCCUGCGGCUUCUCCUCCUCCUCCUGCCCAGGUCAUUGCUGGAUCCGGUAUGGACGGUCAGGGUAUUGCUUGCUCGUGCCAGUGCCUGUGCGGCGCGGGAUCCUUCCCCCCUACUGCGGCUAUCAACAGCUUUGGCGGCUAUGCCGGCAUGAUUGCUUAA